AUGGUGGGCGAUUUUGAGAAGCGUGAAGAAAAUACUGAUUUACUAGCAAUGAAUUGGGUUGGUAAAGUGAACGAAAGGUGUCAGAAAUUCCGGUUACCAAAUCCUAUGUAUAAUGUUGAGGAAGAGGGACCAGGAAAUCAGCGUACAUUUACAGCCAUUUGUAUUGUCGGAAAUACCGAAACAAAAGCGCAAGCGAAAACAAAACGGGUAAAAAAUCCCACUUCUCCAAUCCUGAAACAAAAGUUGGAAAAAAAAAACAAUGAAAACAAAUCGCGGUUUCAGAAAAAUUAA